UCCAAAUAAUUCUUCUUCCAUUUCUUAUCUCUUGUGCUUUUCUUGUCUAGAAAAUUCCUUCUUGCUAGCUACUUGUAUAGUCUGUUUCUUUCUUUUGCUAAUAUUCGAAGCUCUUUAGCUUGAAAACAACUUGUUCAAUAGAUAAACAAAAUGAAGUUGUUGUCUAGAAAAGCCACGUGUAAUACUCAUGGCCAAGAUUCCUCUUACUUCCUAGGAUGGCAGGAAUACGAGAAGAACCCAUACGAUGAGAUCAAGAAUCCAACAGGCAUCAUUCAGAUGGGUCUUGCAGAGAAUCAGCUCUCUUUUGAUCUUCUUGAGUCAUGGCUUGGUAAUAACCAGGACGCAGCUGGGUUCAAAAAAGAUGGGCAAUCCAUAUUUAGAGAGCUUGCUCUUUUCCAAGAUUAUCAUGGGCUUCCGGCGUUCAAGAAAGCAAUGGUGGAAUUCAUGGCUGAAAUAAGAGGCAACAAAGUAACCUUUGAUCAAAACAAAAUAGUACUCACUGCUGGUGCAACUUCGGCUAAUGAGACACUCAUGUUCUGCCUUGCCGAACCCGGGGAGGCCUUUCUUCUUCCCACUCCAUACUACCCGGGAUUUGAUAGAGAUCUCAAGUGGAGAACUGGGGUUGAGAUUGUACCAAUUCAGUGUACAAGUUCAAAUGGCUUCCAAAUCACUGCACCAGCCCUUGAAGAAGCCUUUCAGGAAGCCCAAAAAAGAAACCUAAGGGUUAAGGGUGUCUUGGUCACAAACCCGUCAAACCCUUUGGGGACUACAAUAACCCGCAGUGAAUUGAAUCUUCUUUUAAGCUUGAUCACCGAAAAGGGCAUUCAUCUAAUAAGCGAUGAAAUUUAUUCAGGCACAGUUUUUAACUCUCCAGGGUUUGUAAGUGUCAUGGAGGUUUUGAAGGAUAUGAAAUGUGAAAGCUCUCAAGUUUGGAAUAGCGUUCAUGUUGUGUAUAGUCUAUCAAAGGAUCUUGGUCUCCCUGGCUUUAGAGUUGGUGCAAUUUACUCCAACGAUGACAUGGUUGUAUCAGCAGCAACUAAAAUGUCCAGCUUCGGUCUAGUGUCUUCUCAAACUCAAUAUCUUCUUGCUGCUUUGCUCUCUGAUAAAAAGUUCACGAGGAAUUAUAUCUCUGAGAAUCAAAAGAGGCUUAAACAACGUCAAAAAUUGCUCGUCAAGGGCCUUGAAAAGGCAGGAAUCAGCUGCCUAAAGAGCAAUGCAGGCUUGUUUUGUUGGGUUAACAUGAAGCAUCUCUUGAGUUCUAAAACGUUUGACGCAGAAAUGGAGCUUUGGAAAAAGAUUGUUCAUCAAGUUAAGCUCAAUAUCUCUCCUGGUUCUUCUUGCCAUUGCACCGAGCCAGGUUGGUUUCGAGUAUGCUUUGCUAACAUGUCUGAAGAAACACUACACCUUGCUAUCCAACGAUUGAAGUCAUUUGUGGAGUCCAUGAACAUUAAUAAUCAAAUCCAUCACCAACUGCUGAAAAACUCAAGAAGACUGUCCCUCACCAAGUGGGUCUUACGGCUAUCCUUUGAUCAUGACCGUGAGCCUGAGGAACGAUAGCCAGGUAAUUGUGUGAUCAAGUGUGAACAUUAAAAAAAAUUCACCAAAAUUUUGUUUUGGUUAAUAAGAGAUUUUUUUUCUUUUCUUCAUUUGUAUAAAGUACAUACACUCUACCACUGCGUGGAUUUGGAGUGGCUCGAUCUGAACUAGCUAGAUUUCUUUUGUAAAACUUUGUGUUUAUUCCCACCCGCCCCUUCCAUAAAAU